UUGGAUAUACACUUGAUGCGAUAGCUAACGAUCUUGAAAUAAAGGAGCAGGAAUUAAAUGGAGAAAAGAUUGAACGCUUCACUCCUCCUCUCCUUAGGCGUGCAUGUCUAUAAUCUGCAAAAUCCAAAUGGCACAAAUGUAGUUUUUGUUUAUUACCUUUCAUGCUGUAUCCUCAUUCAUCAUCAGAAGCCUUGUUUAUACUUUCACUCUGUAGCACAAACCUACUUACCUUCAGAAGAGAUCCAAGAACCCAGGAGUGCAGUUUCUUUUCUCCUGACUGACUCGGAAUCCACAGACCCUUCUCUAUCAACUGAAAAGAGAGGACCUCUGGACCACAGAGAAGCCGAGAGACAGUGGUUGCUCAGAAGAAGGCGAUCUCUGUUUCCUAAUGGUGUGAAAAUCUGCCCAGAUGAAAGUGUUUCAGAGGCUGUGGCAAACCAUGUGAAAUAUUUUCAAGUCCGAGUGUGUCAGGAAGCUGUCUGGGAAGCCUUUAGGACUUUUUGGGAUCGACUUCCUGGGCGUGAGGAAUAUCGUUACUGGAUGAAUUUGUGUGAGGAUGGAGUCACAACGAUAUUUGAAAUGGCCGCAAAUUUUAGUCAGUCUGUGGAACACAGAGACUUAAUUAUGAAGAAACUGACGUACACAAAGGAAACUGUAAGCAGCCCUGAAUUGUCGUCUCCGGUUCCUGUUGGUGAUACCUCAACAUUGAGAAGUGCUGUUCUCAGUGUUCCAUACCCAGGGGUGACCUCUUAUGAAGGUGCUUCAGAGAGCAGCUUGGAGAGGCCGGAGGAGAGCAUUAGCAAUGAAAUUGAGAAUGUGAUAGAAGAAUCCACAAAACCAGCAGCUGAGCAGAUUGCAGAAUUCAGUAUCCACCUUUUAGGGGAGCAAUACAAGGAAGAACUACAGGAUCCCUCCAGCUUCCACCACCAGCAUCUUGUAGAAGAGUUUGUUUCAGAGGUUGAAAAUGCAUUUUCUGGGUUACCAGGCUACAAGGACAUUCGUGUACUUGACUUUAGGUCCCCCAAGGACAAUGGCAGUGGCAUAGAUGUUCACUAUGCAGUUACCUUCAACGGUGAGGCCAUCAGCAAUACCACCUGGGACCUAAUUAGCCUUCACUCCAACAAGGUGGAAAACCAUGGUCUUGUGGAAUUGGAUGAUAAGCCCACUGCUGUUUAUACAAUUAGUAACUUCAGAGAUUAUAUUGCUGAGACACUGCACCAGAAUUUCUUGCUGGGGAACUCCUCUUUGAAUCCAGAUCCUGCCUCCCUUCAGCUUAUCAGUGUGAGAGGAGUUUCGCUUCCCCAAACUGAAGACCUAGUUUGGAACACCCAGCGUUCACGUCUUCAGGCAACCCCACCAUCUAUUCUGGAUAAUACCCUUCAAGCUGAAUGGCUCUCAGCAGAUGAAUCCACCACCAGAAGUAUUUCACCACUUGAUUUCAGCUCUGGUCCUCCCUCAGCCACUGGCAGGGAACUCUGGUCAGAGAGCCCUUUGGGUGAUUUAAUGUCUACACCCAAAUUAGCCUUUUCCUCGAAGGUGGGCCUCAGUUCUUCCACAGAAGUGUUAGAGGUUAGCAGCUUGACUCUUCAUUCUGUCACCCCAGCAGUGUUUCAGACUGGCUUGCCUGUGGCUUCUGAGGAAGGGACUUCUGGAUCUCACUUAUUAGGAGAUGGAUUACCCAAAGUUGAAGAGUUAGAAGAUUUUCUUUCUAUUGAUCCAUUGCCUUCAAGUUCAUUCACUCAUCCUGUGCCAAAAGAAACAGUACCAUCCGUGGAAGACUCUGGGGUGUCUUUGACAUCCUCACCGUAUCUGGUCUCCUCUGUCACAUUAGAUCGUCCUGAUAAAGAAAGAACUACACCUUUUGGCUUGGACUCUUUGGCCUCCAAAGUCAAAGGCGAAUUAGAAGUGAGCACUUUGAUGCCAGACACAUCCAUGGAAAAAGAGUUCAUAUUUGAGAGUGGUUUAGGUUCAGGGUCUGGGCAAAAGGUGAAUCUGAUUACUUGGCCAUGGAAUGAGACUUCAUUAGAGAAGAGCAUCGAACCACUGUCCAAGUCAUGGCUUGAAGAUGAGGAUUCACUUUUGCCAAGUGAGGGUGUAGAUGAGAAGCUAGUUAUAGAUGACAAAAUAGAUUCCACAGACCAAAGUAUUGAACAUUCAAAAUAUGGGCCUUUUGAUAGAACCCCAAGCUUUGCAGAGGAAGAGCCCCUUGGUGGACCUACUGUGCCCAUCUUUGCAGCAGAGACCACAACUCAAUCAUCUCUAAUUCUCUCCAAACACACAUCAGAGGUAUCUGACAUUGAUCAUUACUCAGUUACCGAAGCACCUUCUCUACUGACAUCUAUAGCAAUCUCUGCUCCUACUGAAAAGCCAGAUCAGGUAGAAACUUUUCUAAAAGACCAUAUGGAACAAACUACAGAGUCAUCCAACCGUGAAUGGUUUGACAGCAAGGUUUCAAUAGUGAAGCCAGGUAUGCAAACUUUGUGGACCAUGUUGCCAGAAUCAGAUGUAGUUUGGGCAAGAACUUCUUCCCUAGAGAAAUUGUCCAGAGACACAUUGGCAAGUACACCACAGGGUACUGAUAAGCUCUGGUUGAAAGCUUCCCUGACACAGUCUACCAAAUUGCCUCCAACCACAAGCUCCACCCUGCUGGAGGAUGAGGUAAUUACGGGUGUACAGGAUAUUUCACUAGAACUGGACCGGAUGGGCACAGAUUACUAUCAGCCUGAGCUAAGCCCAGAGGAAAACGGCAAGGUUGAUAGUUAUAUGGAACUGUCUACAAAUGUUCACUCCACAGAGGUGGCUGUUGUGGCUUGGCCCACAAAAGGAAGUGACUUGAGUCAUAACCAGACCACAGGAGCUUUGGUGGUUUUCUUCAGCCUCCGAGUGACUAACAUGAUGUUUUCAGAAGACCUGUUUAAUAAAAACUCUUUGGAGUAUAAAGCCCUGGAGCAAAGAUUCUUAGAAUUGCUGGUUCCCUAUCUCCAGUCAAAUCUCACAGGGUUCCAGAAUUUAGAAAUCCUGAACUUCAGAAAUGGCAGUAUUGUGGUGAAUAGCCGAAUGAAGUUUGCCAAGUCUGUCCCUCCCAAUGUCAACAAUGCUGUGUACAUGAUUCUGGAAGACUUUUGCACCACUGCCUACCAAACCAUGAACUUGGCUAUUGAUAAAUACUCCCUUGAUGUGGAAUCAGGUGAUGAAGCCAACCCUUGCAAGUUUCAGGCAUGCAAUGAAUUUUCUGAGUGUUUGGUCAACCCCUGGAGUGGAGAAGCAGAGUGCAGAUGCUACCCUGGGUACCAGAGUGUGAAGGAACUGCCCUGUCAGAGUCUCUGUGACCUACAGCCUGACUUCUGCCUGAAUGAUGGAAAGUGUGACAUUAUACCCGGACAUGGGGCCAUUUGUAGGUGCCGGGUGGGUGAGAACUGGUGGUACCGAGGGGAGCACUGUGAGGAGUUUGUGUCCGAGCCCUGGGUGAUCGGCAUCGCCGUCGCCUCCCUGGUUGGACUUCUUCUCAUCUCUUCUGCUGUCAUCUUCUUCCUCGUCAGGACUCUUCAAGCUCAGCGUGUUAGGAGAGAAAGAAAGAGGCCCUUCAGUGGCUCCAGCAGGCAGCCUGACAGCCUCUCAUCCAUUGAAAAUGCUGUGAAGUCCAACCCCAUGUACGAAAGCCACAUGGCCGGACUCGAGCAGUACCAGGGACCCCAUCCUCAGCGUCCCUUCUGCAGCUCAGCAGGCAGGGAGGUGAUUGGUGGUCUGAGCAGGGAGGAAAUCAGACAACUGUAUGACAACAGCCAGCUUUCCAGAGAGGAAAUUCAAGAAAGAAUGAGAAUUUUGGAACUAUAUGCCAGUGAUCCUAGGUUUGCGGCAUUUGUGAGACAACAUCAAAUGCUAAGACAUCCAAAGAAAGGAUUCAGGAGAGCCUAACUGAUGACAGACAGAUUGACUACAUGCUUCAGUUUCUUCUUGUAAACCGCCUGGCAUUAAAAUAAACAAAAAAAAAAUCCAUGUAACAAAGAAGAUUUAAACAAGAAGAUCCAGGGAAACAAAAGAGAGUCCACACAGACACUGUAACCUUAAGGGGGUUGCUCAUCAUGGGAACAUGGCA